CUCAGUUUGGCACCGCAAAGGGUCACAAAAAAGGAAAGAGGGAAAAAAAAUGGCGGGCACCGCCGAACUACCGUCGGAGAUGAUCGGCGAAAUACUCCACCGCCUUCCUGCUAAGGAUCUUCUCCGUUGCCGGUGCGUGAACAAGCUGUGGCGUUCCGUGAUAGACGAUCGAAGCUUCGUCAAGAAGCACCUCCAACACAUGACCGGGUCGGCCGGCGCCGAAAACCACCGCAUCACUAUCCUCCUGUACUCAGACUUGCAGAAGCUCUACUCCGCAGAAAUGGAACCGCCGUACAGAGUCAGGGAGCUCCCGCGCCCUCCGAUGAGGGUCAAGCUGGUGGGCUCCUGUAACGGCCUGCUCUGCCUCGCGAGCUCCUUCUCCCUGGAUUUCCUCCUCUGGAACCCAUUAACCAACAGUCGAGCUCGUCUGCCCCUUCCAGAGAGCCUGAGGAGAGAAUCCGUAACUGUUGGGGGCCGCAUCCGGACUAUAUUCUCCUGGGCAAAUGACACCGUUUUCGGAUUCGGUUACGAUUCCGUCAAGGAGGACUACAAGGUAGUCAUUAUCGAUCAUGUAAUCAGAGAAGGAUACCAAGAUAUCCGAAUCUAUAGUUCGCGGAGGAACUCCUGGAGGAGGUUUCGUGAGGAGCGGUACAAGAUUCAUUGCCUUCUGUCUGAGGGCAGGAUGGGAGUGUAUGCUUGCAACAACCUGCAUUGGGUGAUGACCCGGCGAUCGGACUCCAACGAAACCCGAUUGAUCGUGGCCUUUGAUCUUAGGAUCAACAACUGCAGGGAGGUGCCAUUGCCGUUCUAUUUAGGCAAGGAUUUUUGGGUGGACGUGGCUGUGCUCGGAGGAUGCCUCGGGAUGGUGGUGAACUCUCCCCGACAGACUGUAUCUGGUGUUUGGAUUAUGAGGGAGUAUGGGUCGAGGGAGUCGUGGGUGAAGCUGUUGUCCAUCCGGUGGCCCAGGUUUGCAGAAUUUGGCCACGAUUAUUACCUGCACCCUUCAAACUCAGGCGGCCAACUUCUGGUGGAAGGUUUGGACGAGAAGUUCCACUGGUUCGAUGCGAAAAGCCAAAGCUUCAGGUCUUUCAAAUUCGACCUUGCACUCAACGAGUCCUUCGAUGCAGGACAUGAGUCCUUCGAUGCAGAAGUGUGUGUGGGGAGUUUGGUUGGAGCAGAUGUUCAUGUUGGAACCCAAACUGGUGCACCGGCAGCAGUGGCAGCACCCAUAAUCUGAAAAUAGGUGCCUUCAAUCUGAAGGAAUUGGAUGAUGUUUUUGAUUGAGGGGGAAGACUUUCGUGAUUUCAACAGCAGUUGAAUGUUUUUGCUCUACAUCUGUAUAGCUUGUUUGUUUUUGCAAGUUCUCAUCAGCUCAUCCGAGCAGCUCGGGGGCUUCUACAUAUAGCUCAGGUUUAGUUGCAGCAUACUUCUAUCGUAUCCAUGGUUUAGCAGGGGUAAGCCAUUGUAAUUCAAAGGUAGAGGUCCUACGGUACCAUAUUGUUGUAGCAUGGUAGAAAUUUCCGAUCAUCCCCUGUUAAAUGAUAAUCUUGACAUAAACAAUAGUUUUCGAGCUAAUGUGAUAUGUGCACUUUGAUCCCAAUGGUGUAUUGUAUCUCAACUCCGAACUGUCAUCCCUUGUACAUAAAGUAGAUGACCUUAUCUUUGACUCUGA